AAAAAAAGAUUCAGAGUCCAUAGUAUGUUGCUUAGACAGGAGAGGAGGACCCUUUUUCGGUUCCUCCCCUCAGUGGGGAGCAUUCUAUUUCAGAAGUUGUUUGACUAAAAACUGCCACACCGGCCAGGUUUUGCUGGUCGAAACAACAACAAGAUAGGGUUGCAGUACUAUCAAACCAACCUUGGGCACCCCAUUCUUAGGGAUCUUUAGUCCUUACUGUCCUUGUCAGCUCUGCAGUCCCUGCCCCCUACCCCCGGCAAUAAAAGGAAGAUAGGCUCCAACUCAGCUGUUCCGCGGGUCUCCAGCCUAACCUCCCCACUCCGGAGAUUUAUGGACAGCUCUGGCCCCAACAGAGCUCCAGCCCGGCUUCCAGCCUUCCUACAGUCCAGACAGGGUUUUUCUGUGUAGUUCUAGCUGUCCUGGAAGUCACUCUGUAGACUAGUCUGGCCUCGAACUCACAGAGAUCUGCCUGCCUCUGCCUCCCUAGUGCUGGGAUUAAAGAUACACACUUACCACCGCCAGGCUCUGCGUUUUAGUGGCUUUAACCAUAAAGCCCACGUGCGAGCCUGGAGGAUAGACAGGGAGGGGACCAGGAGCUUCCAGCACGUUCCCAAACCCAACACAGCGGGCGUCCAGCGGAAAGGGCGUGUCUGGGGCGUGUCCUUGAAGGACUCAGAUGGGUGAGGGCUAGAAGAGUGGCUUUGGCAGAGUUUGAAGGCAGCCCGCAGCGCCCGGUAGGCAGGGCUCAGGAGGAGGCGUGGCCACUUCACAGUGGCUGUGGGGCGUGGCCGCCGAAGUGUGGAUCCCUGGCUGGGCGGACCGGUAGCGGGCGGUGCUUCUUUAAGCCCGGCGCCACCGCAUCGCCUCCUGCCUAGGUCUCGCUGGCGGCCAGGCCGGGGCUGCCGUAUCUGCGAUGGAACUUCACAUCCUAGAGCACCGGGUGCGAGUACUGAGCAUUGCCCGUCCGGGCCUCUGGCUCUACACCCACCCGCUCAUCAAGCUGCUCUUCCUGCCCUGUCGCAGUCGGUGCGCACCCGGGUUCACGAGCGCAGGUGCAAGUUCUUCAGCCUGACUGAGACUCCGGAAGAUUACACUCUCAUGGUGGAUGAGGAGGGCUUUAAAGAGCUACCCCCAUCCGAGUUCCUGCAAGUGGCUGAGGCCACAUGGCUGGUGAUGAACGUAUCUCACAGUGGCUCCGUGGUGCAGGCUGCUGGAGUAACCAAGAUUGCCCGGUCUGUCAUUGCCCCGCUGGCUGAACACCAUGUGUCUGUUCUGAUGUUGUCCACAUACCAGACAGACUUCAUCCUGGUACGGGAGCAGGACCUGUCUGUGGUGAUCCACACACUGGCCCAGGAGUUCCAAAUCUACCGUGAAGUAGGCGGGGAGCCUGUGCCCGUUACUGGAGACGAUUCCAGCAAUGGCUUUCCCCAGAUCCAGCACGGGCCCAGUCCCACGGUGCAUCCCAUUCAGAGCCCUCAGAACCGCUUUUGUGUCCUCACACUGGACCCUGAGACACUGCCGGCUGUCGCCACCACCCUCAUCGAUGUCCUCUUCUACUCCCACAGUGUCCCCAAGGAAGCGGCCUCGGGCGGUCCUGAAUCAACGUCCAUUCCGUUCUUCGCUUUCUCCCUCAUCGAGGGGUACAUCUCCAUUGUCAUGGAUGCAGAGAUCCAGAGAAAGUUCCCCAGUGACCUCCUGCUGACCAGUUCUUCUGGGGAGCUGUGGAGGAUGGUGCGCAUCGGGGGACAGCCCCUGGGCUUCGAUGAAUGUGGGAUUGUGGCCCAGAUUGCGGGUCCCCUGGCGGCUGUUGACAUCUCUGCUUACUACAUCAGCACAUUCAACUUUGACCAUGCGCUGGUUCCUGAAGACGAGAUCGGCUGUGUCAUUGAUAUUCUCCAGCGAAGGCAGGAAAGCCAGGCUUCCAAGGACCCAUAGGGAAGCACCAGACCCCCAGCAUUCCCGUAAAGCCCCCCGGGGCUCCAGAAACUUUUCUGAGCUUCAGAACAAGUCCCUGGUCCUGCCAAGGGAUCCUGGUUCUGCUGUCUGUCUGUCAGCUGUAUGGAGCUGGGACUCGUGGCCAUGCCUGGUUCUGCUGUCUGUCUGUCAGCUGUAUGGAGCUGGGACUCGUGGCCAUGCCUGCCCACAAAAGAUACCUUGGUGCUUGGGGCUUAGAUCCCCGACCCAACAUUUUCUAUGUGACCUCAGCAAUGCACAGAGCCUGCUUGCCUGCAGCUGGAGCCGCCUCUCCCCUGGCUAAGGCUCACAUCCCCGGGCCGGGCUCUGACCUCCAGCCUGCACUGCUUUCCUAGCCAGAUGAGUUCAGCAGUGCACUCCCUUCGCGGGACUCCGAAGGAAGAAUUAAAUCUCACUUUUAUUUUCAUGACUGUUUAUAUAAAUAAAAGACUUGCGGAUUUGUGCCCUCUG